AUAGCGGUUAAAGUUAUAGCUUUGACUCACCAACCAUCACUGGUCCGGUCCCAGUGAAUCCAUCCUUCCAUGGCAGCUAAACCUCGUAAGAAGAAACUCAACAAUGUUUCAAUGUCAUCUUCAGCUUCCACUCGUUUUAGGUACAAGAAAGUUUCUGUCUUUGUUUCCUUGGUCAUGAUUUUCGGUGUUGUUUAUCUGUUGGGCGUUUCAUCGAGCAUUCGGAGUGGUGUUGCUUUUGUUCCUAAACUCUAUGCAAUUCAAGUCUUCAAUGAGUUCCCUCAUGAUCCCAGUGCCUUCACUCAGGGUCUUCUUUAUGCUGGAAAUGGUACACUAUAUGAGUCAACUGGCCUUUAUGGGAAGUCAUCUGUUCGCAGAGUAGCUCUUAAUACUGGGAAGGUUGAGGUUCUUCAGGAGAUGGAUGGUUCUUAUUUCGGGGAAGGUUUAACCCUGCUUGAGCAAAGUCUGUUCCAAGUAACUUGGUCGACAAAAACCGGCUUCAUAUAUGACAGAAAUGAUUUAAGCAAAAUCAGGGAAUUCACUCAUGAGAUGGAAGAUGGUUGGGGACUGGCUACCAAUGGAAAAGUUUUGUUCGGCAGUGAUGGGACUUCAGCAUUAUACCAGCUUGACCCUCAAACACUGAAAGUCAUUGGAAAACAAAUUGUCAGAUAUAAUGGACAUGAAGUACACUAUCUCAAUGAACUAGAGUUCGUGAAUGAUGAAGUUUGGGCUAAUGUUUGGCAGACUGAUUGCAUUGCAAGAAUCUCACAGAGAGAUGGUUCCGUGCUUGGAUGGAUUCUCCUUCCAAAUUUAAGGUUCUGUUUUUCUUUCACUUUCCUUGUGCAUAGUUUAUUAGUGUCUGAUAUUUGUUUCAGCAAUUCCUUUCAGAGUCAUUCGUUUUCUUUUCUGUUUUGCAGAAAAGGCUUGAUAGAAGCUGGAUAUCACGGAAUUGAUGUUUUAAAUGGCAUAGCAUGGGAUGCCAAUGACAACCGCCUUUUCGUUACUGGAAAAUUGUGGCCAAAGCUCUACGAAAUCAAGUUGCAACCGAUAAAGAAACAUUUUGAUGCUGGAGUGAUUGAGCAGCUUUGCAUCCCCCCAAUACCAUGACAUGUCACACUGAUACUGAGUUGUAUGUGCUCAAAGAGCAUAGUUUUAAACUUAUGGUAUGAUUCUGGAAAGGAAAAGGAACUUUAGGGCCUAUAUGAAGUUUGGCUGCCACACAGGAAAUACACACAAACUGUUUGUUAACACUUCUGCUUCCUGGGAUUUUUUAUGUAAAGUUUUUGAACUGUACAGUAUGAGUUACCUAAGGAGCUACACGCUGGUGCAUAUAACUGUACAAGAAGCUAUUAAUUUCCAAAUGAUAGAAUAGUUGCAGCA